ACACAGACCGAAAGACAGAACCCAGGCCGCUGAUUGAUCUCCUGAUCUCCUGGAACCCAUCGCUUCCAUUCUUGGCAGCACGUGCCCGACCUCCCCAACGUGCCAACACAAACCACUGCCAGCUCGCCGUGGAGCCGGCCCGGGCUUGAAGGUUCUGGCCCAAUCCCGGUCAAACAAAAUUGCGGCGCCAAACCUCGAAUCAAGCUGGAGCAGGGAGCUGUGACUUCGUGGCCUCAAUUGGGAGCACGGAUCACCUGCCGAUAAUUAGGGGCGCGAACUGCAUCUCCAGCGAAACCAUCGCCCAAAAAUCCACCACGCGACUCCGACCGAUUGACUUCAUCCAGUUCACCACCACGCCGUUCAUUCUCUCAUUUCUUCGUCAAUACCAGCCUUUUUCCGUUCUACUACCUUUCUAAUUCCACAAGAUGUCCUCCCCACGCGCCGCCUCCCCCCCAACCGGCAGCGCCGCCGCCGGCUCGGCCACGGGCGCGUCGGCACGGCCCUCGUCGCCGCCGCCGCCGGGCGGUGCCCGCACGGCGAUCCGGCGCCGCGCGGCCGCCGACCAGAAGGAGAAGAUCGCCAACGUGCGGCCCAACAGCACGCGGUCGGCCGGCGCGGGCGGCUCCAGCAGCACCAUGCUGCGCCUGUACACCGACGAGAGCCCCGGCCUGAAAGUGGAUCCGGUCGUGGUGCUCGUGCUGAGCUUGGUGUUUAUCUUUAGCGUGGUGGCGUUGCAUAUCAUCGCCAAGAUUACUCGCAAGUUCUCGAGCUAGAUUGUUUGAAGCGCGGCAGCCUGCAUGGGCGAGACACUACACGGAGCCCGCACGUCGACUGUAGGAGGGAAUGGUGGCCCCUUAUCGACGGAGCGGGAGAUACGAAGACAGGACAGGGCGUGUACGGGGGGCGACGGUCAUCUUGCGGAAUGCGGCCAAAAGGUGCUCUUUCGUCGGUUUCGGGUGUUGGCUGGGGAUAGAUACCUCGGGAAAACAAGCUGGGGAUACAGCAAAAGCUAAGCAUGGGAUUCGGCCUUAGGUUUUGGCGUGCCUAUUGCCAUCUUGCAAUAUGUGGCCGCGGCGGAUCCCGUUGAUGGUUGUUGUACAAUAUCAUAUAAUGCGUUGUUAUGGGAAUGCGAGGCUUCUUUGUUCGGGCAAACUGCGCUGCGGACGUCGUUGAGUUUUUGAUGCCAGACACAAGCCCACUCGUGAGAGCGCGGAUGGGUUCUUCAUCAGUAUAGCAUUGAAUGCAAGCCUCCUAUGGCUUGUUCUCUACUCG